UAACCAAACACAACCCCAAGCUUUACGUUCGGCUCCAGUUCCCAACUCCCAAACCCCCUCGACGAACUCCGCCUCCUCGACGAACAUUCCAUCGCCACCGCCCGCAUGGGACCCUCCCCCUCCCCCGCCGCGGGCGCUAGGCCGGCGGCGGAGACGCGGACGGUGGCCUCGGCGGUGUACCGCAUCCAGCUGUUGCUCCUCGACGGCGCCGCGGCCUCCAACGAGCCCCUCCUCCACGCGGCCGCCUCCGCGCUCCUCUCCCGCCCCGACUACGACGACGUCGUCACCGAGCGCUCCAUCGCCGACGCCUGCGGCCACCCCGCCUGCCCCAACCCUCUACCCCCGGCGACGAGCACCAACGCGCCACGGUUCCACAUCUCCCUCCGCGAGCACCGCGUCUACGACCUCGAGGAGGCCCGCAAGUUCUGCUCCGAGCGCUGCCUCGUCGCCUCCGCCGCCUUCGCGGCGUCCCUCCCGCCCGAGCGGCCCUACGGGGCCCCGCCCGAGCGGCUCGACGCCGUGGUCGCGCUCGUCGAGGGCCGCGGUGGGGACGGCCCGGAGCUAGGGUUUCGUGAUGCGGAUGGGAAGAAGGGGGACGAGGGGAGGAAGGUGGAGAUAAGGGUGAAGGAGGUUGCCGGGGCAGGGGAAGUCACGCUGCAGGACUGGAUUGGGCCCUCGGAUGCGAUAGAGGGAUAUGUGCCGCACCGCGACCGCUCCGGUGAAGGGCCAAAGCCUGAGGCUAAGCAGAACAAAGUCACUGGACCUGGGCAGUCCAAAAAUAAGAAUGUGGAUUCUAGGAAUGCUGCUCCUGGUGAAGAUGGCAUGCCAAUUUCAUCUUCUUCAGUUGAAACACAUGUGAGCUCAGAAGUAAUAGCUAAAAAGAUGGGCAACAUGAUUCUUAGUGAGGAUACUAAAACACAGAGAAAGAAGACGAGUAAAACCCCAUCAAAGAUGUUGAAGCAGGAGGACGAUAACGAAAUUUUGUCAUCUUGCAUAUCAGAUUCCAUUGCGAAGCAGCUAGAGGAUGUAGUUCUGGAAGAGAAAAAGGGCAGUAAGAAAAAGAAAGCAAGUAAAGCAUCAUCAAGGGCACAGAAGAGUAAGCCUAGAACAAGGCCUGCUGGAAGUGAUGGGCAUGAAGUGAACUUCACGAGUGCCAUCAUUAUUGGGGAUGCUUCAACAAACAUGGAUGAAGGGACUAUGGGUCAGUAUAACUACUUGUCAGGUUCCAUAUUGGCAGGUAAUCAUCCCUCAUCAUCUCAAUGUGCAGCAAAAGACUCAACGCAAGCUUACGUUGAACAGCUAUACGAAGAAUUCAGUAAAGCAGUGAACAUUGGAAAUGAUGAGACAAGCGAUGAGAAGAUGAGACCUUCACUAAAAUCUUCAUUGAAGGUCGCCGGGUCUAAGAGCGGAACACAGUCUGUGACUUGGGCCGAUAAGAAUGGAAGUGUUUUAGGAACAAGCAAAGCAUAUGAAAGCCAUUCAAAUGAUAAAAAACAAUCUGAGGAAGGUAUCGACAGUUCACUAAGGCGUGCAUCUGCUGAGGCUUGUGCAGCUGCACUUAUUGAGGCAGCAGAAGCUAUUUCUUCAGGCACGUCAGAAGUAGAAGAUGCAGUUUCAAAGGCCGGAAUCAUCAUUUUGCCUGACAUGCUUCACCAGAAUCAAUACGACAAUGCCAAAAGCACUGAUGGAGAUGAAUCAGAUGAUGAAUGUGAAGUUGAUAGGGAUGUUGUGAAGUGGCCUAAGAAGACUGUGCUUCUAGACACAGACAUGUUUGAAGUCGAUGAUUCUUUGCAUGACACACCUCCAGAAGGUUUCAGUUUAACUCUGUCCACUUUCGCAACAAUGUGGGCUGCGCUAUUUGGAUGGAUAUCCCGGUCAUCUUUGGCCUAUGUCUAUGGGCUUGAUGGUGGUUCUGUGGAAGAGUUGUUGAUUUCCAAUGGGAGGGAAUAUCCUGAGAAGAUAGUUCUGAAAGAUGGGCACUCAUCAGAAAUUAGAAGAGCUCUAGAUACAUGUGUUUGUAACGCCCUGCCAGUGCUUAUAUCAAACUUGAGGUUGCAGAUCCCAGUUUCAAAGUUGGAGAUUACUCUGGGAUACUUGAUUGACACAAUGUCCUUUGUUGAUGCGCUGCCUUCUCUGAGAUCAAGGCAGUGGCAAGUGGUGAUUCUGGUGCUGCUUGAUGCACUCUCCGUUCACCGGCUGCCUGCUAUUUUUCCAGCCAUUUCAAAUUUGAAGCUUCUGCAAAAGGUGUUGAAUGCAGCACAGAUUAGCAGAGAGGAGUAUGACUCGAUGGUUGAUCUCUUUCUCCCUUUCGGAAGAUCCGUCCAGACACCCGUGCUGAUUUAGCUUGCACAAGAAGUUUUGUGAAUCGCUCUUGAAGGCUGCGCGAAUCGGCUGCUUCUCUGCAUAGGUUCUGAUACAUGCCUAAACACCCGAGUAAAUAGAAGUCUGUUCUCCGAGUCAUUGGGUAGCUAUUGAACAAACUGCACUCUGAAGUUUUGUGAAUCGCUCUUGAAGACUGCGACGACGCCUGCUUGUCGCGUGCAAUAUUGUUUCUGCCUUGGCGUAGGCUGUGAGGACAGGCACUCUUUCCCGUUUUUUUCAAGAACUGUCAGCUUUAAAUAGAAAAAAAACUGUUUGCUCUAGUGUGGAAAUAGCAAAAGAUAACUUCCAUGAGAAGGAUAUUUAGUAAUUUCUCAGACUUACCCCUGAUAUCCAAUCAUAUUUUUGUGCGUUU